GUCAACUGAAAACUGCUUGCAAAUUCUCUCAGUCCUUUCACCUUCUGGAUGUGACUGCACACAAAGAUUUGAUCUUGUAAAAAUCUGAAGAACUUCACUGACCCCUUGUGGCCACUUUCUAGCAAGACGGGGCUUUUUGUACAAGAAGAAAGUAGAAAGAAUAUGGAAAACUUUCAAACCUCAGAAAAAGGAGAUUCCUCCUCCAGAUCAUCUGUUUCACAUUUCUUUUCCGUACCUAAGCUCACAGGUACAGACAUGUACCAUAUUUUUAUAAGCUUCAGUGGAGCAGACUCGUUAUGGGUGCAUCAGCUUAUCCGCAAACUGGAGGCUACAUUUCCAAACCUUAUAAUCUGUACUCACGAUCGGGACUUCACUGCCGGAAAGACCAUCAUAGAAAACAUGACUGAGUGCAUUCAGAGCAGUCAAAAAAUUAUUAUGGUGAUGAGCCCAGAUUUUGUGCACAGUCGGUGGUGUCUUUUUGAAGCCAACCUCUCCAUGUUCCAGGACUGUAUGUCACAUAAAGUCAUCGUUCCCGUCAUGCUCAAGCCAUGUCCAAUGCCCCUUUAUCUCAGCCACUUAACUUACUUAGAAGUUGAAGAUGAGCAGUUCUUUGAAAAACUGUGCAACAGGCUGCUGAGGAACAACGCUAAAGAAACUGAAGAUGUCUUGGUUCACUUCCAGUCAUCCAUACUAUAUGGUGGGAAGCAGCUGCUAUCUCUGGCAGCUGUGAAUGAAAACGAUGAUGACGUCAGUAAUGGAGUUUUCUCUGACACUUGUGUGCCGGACUCCCUCAAAGCAGUCGUGAAAGAUCCUGAAAUAUUCAAGAAAGCUAUUCGAGUGAUAAACGAUACUCCAACUGAUUUCUUGAACUCAAAAUUUAUUUAUAUCUGUAUAGCAAUUUGCCUUAUUUUAUUAAUUGUUCUUUCUCUGCUUGCAUUUAUAUCAGCAUGUGUUACCCAAAAUUGGUUUUCCUUUCUGCACUUACCAAUGAGUUUUAUUCCAGCAGGUUUUGCAUCGUAUAAAAUGGAAUAUUGGAAAAAGUUUAGGCUUGAGAAGGUUAUCCAGAACAUGAGCAGAAGUACUUGUGAGGCCAAUCUACAUUUAGCUGAAACUUCAGUCCUCGCUGGUUGUUCUUCAAAGUCCAGUUUGGUUUUUAUUUUUGCAUCUCUAAAAGAAUGUAAAGAAUUGUUCCAAAUUACCUUCAGGCGUGAUACUGAUCUGGCAAAAUGUAUGUGGGAAAAAGCCAUAACCAAUUAUUCUUCUGAUUAUGCAAAUUGUAUGGCCAAGAAACACUUUCCUAGCAGUGACCCAAAGCCUCCUGGACAUCUAGUAAAUGGCAUUUGUUUCUGCCAGUAUGUGGCCAUGCAGAUAACACAAGGCAGCUGGCCAUAACCUCAAUUAAUUUCAUUAAACAUAAUUUGCCAUAAAGUAGUUUUAUAGCUGAUCAAAUCCUACUCCAUAAUGUAAUUUUAUUUAAAAAAAAAUUAUUGGUUAGAAGUUCAUUCCCCUGAACCUCAUAAUAUUAAAGCCCAGUUAUGUGGAAAGCACUGGACAUAACGCUGCCAAACGCUUUAAAACCCUUUCGUCAUUGUCAUUGUCUAAAGUUUGACAAAGGAGGCUUUGUGUCACCUUCACAACAGCCCAUGAGUCUUUAGUAGGUAUACACAUAGACAAAGCCUAAAAGAUUGCUUUCUAAGGUAUUAAUUUGAAGCAUUGUAAAUGCAAUCAAGCAACUCUAGCUUUGCAUCCCCUAGUAGGAGUAAAUAAAAAAUGUGAAAUAAAGCUUGUUUUUUUUGUUUUGUUUUUUAGAGGGUGGGUAUAUUAUUUUGUAAAAUAAACAUACAUGCAUAUUGUACCACCUUAAAUGCAGAGAUACAUAAGAUACAUGAGCUAACAGUGAAGUUGGUUUGAGGGUGAGAUAGUGGUGCUGCAGUUUAAAGGUAGGGCCUGGUGGCAAGUAAGUAAAUUUAAAAUGGCUUGGCAUGGUCAAAUGAAUUCAAAUAUGCCAUGCUCCAUCACCCCCCCCCCCUCCCCCUUUGUGGAUGCCUAGUCCCUGCCUUUUCCCACUAUCUGCUGCAGCAAUGAUGUUAUAGAUUUUUUCUUUAAAAAUUGAUUGGUCUCCAAAUUGAUUUCGCCUGAAUCAAAUAUGCUCCAAAAUUGGUAUAUGGUACUCUGAGGUCUCCUAGGAUUUUUCUCUCUUGUCCUUAUCUUUUUUAUUUUUAUUUUUCAAACUUUUGCCAUCCCGCCCCUUAUCGCAAUGAUAGCACUAGCAAUAAUUGUCAGAAAGACACUGACAUAUAUAGCUAAGAGUAAACACAUGGUUGACAGUGUUGGAAAACAUACUGCACCAUCACAUGUGCUAUGCUUUUAAUAUUAGAAACAUUCCAAAAAUUGUUCCUUAGUGCUAUUUAAACACACACAGUGUUAUUGGAAAAAAACUAUGACUUGUUGGGAUCAAGCAUCCAAAAAUUAUGCCUUAAUGCGUGUAGGAUCCUGACCCAGUUUUUACACACACAUUAAUGAGUGUGUACACUAUGAUUAAGUGAUUUGUUUUGCAAAAGCGUCCAAAAUUAUGUGUUAAUGGGGUCAGAAUGUCUCCUUCUAUUUAUAUACCAAAAAGUGUUGUGAGAAAAAAAUGGUGGCUUGCUCUGAGGUGAAACAAGCCUGGAAAAAUUCUCCUAUUUAUUUAGGAGCAGCAGCAGUACAGCAUAGAUGUAGAAAGAGUGAUGUGUGUAAGGGUUAUAAGAAGCAGCAAUAGUAAUGCCAGCAGUAUCAGCACAGCAUGGAACAGACAAGGCAGUAGACGUGUGUACGGCUUUGUUAAGGUAGUAGUAGCAGUGGCAGCCGUGAGUCAUAAAGGGUAGUGGCAGUAGGGGUAAUGGAAGUGGCAGUAAUAGAAUUAGUAGCAGGAAAUGGCAGCUGCGGCAGCAGCCAUACGGUGUGGGACAGGGUAGGCAGGCAGAUUUUGGCAGUGGCAUUAUGGGGCAACAUCAUUAAUGGCAAAUCUUUUCAUUAGCCUCAGGUGGAGGUGAGUAAAAAUCUUAAUGGAUCCAUGCCUCGUUCCUUUUGACAAAAGUGAUGUUUUGUACACUAUCAGAGGUCAAGUUGGUCUGUUUGGAUGUGAUGACACCGCAUGCCUCACUGUCUGGAGGCUGGGCAAGACAGUACAGAAAAAGCAUUUUAGAGCAUUUCCAGCCACUGUUCCAAUCUGCCUGCCCAGAAGUCCAUGGGAUUAGCGAGCAUAGUAUGUGCUGGAAAAAGGCCACACUCUAGGUAGGACUGAACCUGGGUGUUCAGGAGGUAUGUUUGCUGAUUGAAUUAGCUUGACUUGGCACAUGAAAAAAUUUCUCCAUCAUGUUGAUGAUACAGGAUUGGCUGCUGCUGUGGCUUCUGCUGUUUGUGGUAGCAGAGAUGUGGAAGAUGGGUGACUAGGCAGGGGCGGAGAUGGACCUCAAGAUCAGACACACAAGCGGUAGGUGUCUGCUCACCGAAAGCUUUGGCAAGCUGCAUACACAAUGUAUCUUGGUAAUAAAGCAAUGUGGCCUCCCUUUCACUAACAGUGAAAAAAACAAUGCCCGAUAGAUUUUGUGCGGUGUCUUCAAUCAAGAAGGCCAUGGCGGCCUCUGCAUGAGCAAAUGGAUAAGGUGAUUUUAUUUUAUUUUUUACCAUGAUUAACCCCUGAAAGGCCUAAAUUGUAGCUUCAGAUGCCGCA